UAGGAAAUAGAAGAACCAGGAUUUGACCUUAUUCAGUCUGGUACCAGCACUUAUUUGCCUCACAUAACACAUUACACGUUAUACUGCCAUCCUCCCUACACCUGAGCAUCUUGGCUUGGUCUCAGGGCCUCUCUCUCAUUGUGUUUCUCGCUCUCUCGGAGAUCUGUCUUCAUGGGAUUGCAGGAUGGUGUCAGGUUAAGAGAACAGGAGCUGGUUUCCCCCUGUGUGUUCCCAUUCUUUCUCCCCAGCCGGUAGAGGCCUCCCUAACCAUGCGUGUCCCUUCAAUCUGUCCACAGGUCAUUGCAUCCGGAGGGGCCCAGAAGGGGAAGGAGGCAUUUGCCUCCACUGUCGCAGCUGCACCCACGAUGCAGAGCAUCAAGUGUGUGGUAGUGGGCGAUGGGGCUGUGGGCAAGACGUGCCUGCUCAUCUGCUACACAACCAACGCCUUCCCCAAGGAGUACAUCCCCACAGUGUUCGACAAUUACAGCGCCCAGAGCGCAGUGGAUGGGCGCACCGUGAACCUGAACCUGUGGGACACAGCGGGCCAGGAGGAGUACGACCGACUGCGCACACUCUCCUACCCUCAGACCAACGUCUUUGUCAUCUGCUUCUCCAUUGCCAGUCCGCCCUCCUACGAGAAUGUGCGGCACAAGUGGCAUCCGGAGGUGUGCCACCACUGCCCCGACGUGCCCAUCCUCCUGGUGGGCACCAAGAAGGACCUGAGAGCCCAGCCUGACACCCUACGGCGCCUUAAGGAGCAGGGCCAGGCACCCAUCACACCGCAGCAGGGCCAGGCCCUGGCCAAGCAGAUCCAUGCUGUGCGCUACCUCGAGUGCUCGGCCCUGCAGCAGGACGGCGUCAAGGAAGUGUUCGCUGAGGCUGUCCGGGCUGUGCUCAACCCCACGCCCAUCAAGCGUGGGCGGUCCUGUGUCCUCUUGUGACCCUGGCACUCGGCUUGGAGGCUGCCCCUGCCCCCCACCAGUUGUGCCUUGGCGCCUUGUCUGCCCCCAGCUGUGCCUUAAGGACUAAUUCUGGCACCCCUUGCCAGGGGGCUCCCUGAAUGCCCUUUUCUCUGAAUGCCUAGUUCUCCUUAAUGAGGCCCACAGGGAAAGGGGCUUCGGGCCCUGCCCCGCUCUGCUUGGGAACACCAGGUAUUCCUGAGAGCUCACCCAGGCCAAGGUUGGACCCCUCCCCAAGAAGCCAACCCAAGUGCCCCUCCCCCAUCACCCCUACUGACCAGUUGAUCCAGCUUCCCACACAGAUGUUGCUGCCUAUUGUGGUGCCUUCUCUCAGGUUAGGAGCUCUCAGCUGUCCCUAACCUCUCCCUUGCUGCUCUUUGAAUUGCUUCCCCCUCAAGAUGCUCUCUCCCUUCCCCAAAGAAGGAGCCACAGAAUCCUGAGAAGAUGAAUGUGCCCUAACCUACCCCCAUGUGCCCAGGCCUUAUGCAUCUGCUGACUGAUUCAGCCCCCCUUCCCCAGGCUCCUGGGGGCCUUUCCUACCCCCAUCAGUAUCAAUAAAACCUCCUGUCUCCA